AUGCAAUUAAGCUCUGUAUGCAAUGGUCUGCAAAGAUUAUCUAUCUUGAAAUGUGGAGAUUCAAGUGGAAUAAUCAAGGGGUGUAUUAUUGGUUUGGGGAGGAAUAAAAGUGGAACUGGCAAAAUUGGCGAUCGCAUUAAAAUUUCAGUCAGAGACAAGAAACCGGAUGUAAAUAUAUCUAAGAAAGUCAGGGCAAUCAUUAUUAGAUCCAGGAAAGAAAUAGGUAGGAAGGAUGGUACAAGUAUCAAGUUCGAUGAAAAUGCAUUUGCUGUUAUAGAAAAGAAUAAACUUAAAGCAACAAAAAUUAAUGGUCCAGUAUUGCUUGAAACCAGACAUUCUUGUAAAAAUCUUGCUAAAAUAAUUUUUUAA